UGCACGAAGACCGUGACCGCCCGGAACGAAAACGCCAACGCGUUCUCCCGUCUGACUUUAAAAUGGGCACCUUAAGGUGGCUCGGGGCAGGGAUGUGGGCUUUGUGAGAUGCAGCCUGGUGGGUCGGUUCACCUUCUCGGGAAGUGUGGACGAGGACACCACGUCCCUGCCUUCACGCGCCACUUAAGCAAAAAUGUCACGUACACCCAGCUCAUAAGACGUCAAAGCAUACCUCUCCAACCAUAUCAGCAUCCAUGGACAAAUUGCGUCCUACUAUGCGAAGACGGCUGUACAGCCUACCUCAGCACAUAGGUCCCAAAUCGAGCAUCAUGGACGAAGAGGAUGACAACGAGGAGGAUACUCGCAGCAAAAGCAUCAGGAUGAAGGCGAUGUCGUCAACUCCGGGAGGGGGAGGCAGCCGAGGGCAUAAUAAUAACGAUAGUAAGCAAGGGGAGCCGAACCGCGGAGAGGCAGAGACGGUCGUGAACAUGAAAUGCAACACGAACGGUGAUAUUAGGAUGACCCAGGGAAGUCAGUCCUCCAUCAACAGGGCUGAACACGACAGGAGCGAGGAGAAGAAGCCAGACAUGGAAGGAGGAGGUUCGUUGCAGAACGAAGAGAAGAAAGAGAACAAAGUGGCUUUCUCUGCCGCUCCGAGUAGGAAGUCGUCCCAGCUUCAGCAGCAGGAGAGGAAUUCCGUGAGCUUUCUCAUGUCGGAGGGCGCCGAGCAGAUCCUGGCCGAGGAUGGCGAGCAGAGCGGCAGCCAGGCCAGCUUCAUGCAGAGGCAGUUUGGGGCUAUGCUUCAGCCGGGGGUUAACAAGUUUUCCCUGCGAAUGUUUGGCAGCCAGAAGGCUGUGGAAAGGGAGCAGGAGAGAGUGAAAUCAGCUGGUGCAUGGAUUAUCCACCCUUACAGUGACUUUCGGUUUUACUGGGAUUUCACAAUGUUGUUGUUUAUGGUUGGAAAUCUCAUAAUUAUCCCAGUAGGAAUCACUUUUUUCAAGGAAGAAACCACAACUCCUUGGAUUAUUUUUAAUGUUGUGUCUGACACCUUCUUCCUUAUGGAUUUAGUCUUAAACUUCAGGACUGGAAUUGUUAUAGAAGAUAACACUGAGAUCAUACUGGAUCCACAGAAAAUUAAGAAGACAUAUUUAAAAAGCUGGUUUAUUGUCGACUUUAUCUCCUCAAUCCCUGUGGAUUAUAUAUUUUUGAUAGUAGAAAAAGGAAUUGACUCAGAAGUUUAUAAAACAGCCCGAGCUCUACGGAUUGUACGUUUUACAAAAAUUCUCAGCCUUCUACGAUUACUGAGGCUUUCAAGACUAAUUAGGUACAUCCAUCAAUGGGAGGAGAUCUUCCACAUGACUUAUGACCUUGCCAGUGCAGUGAUGAGAAUAUUUAAUCUUAUUGGAAUGAUGCUGCUCCUGUGCCAUUGGGAUGGAUGCCUGCAGUUUCUUGUGCCAUUGCUUCAAGACUUUCCAAAUGAUUGUUGGGUGUCUUUAAAUAACAUGGUGAAUGAUUCCUGGAGUGAGCUCUAUUCCUUUGCACUGUUUAAAGCAAUGAGCCACAUGCUCUGCAUAGGGUACGGCCGUCAAGCUCCCAAAAGCAUGUCGGACAUCUGGCUGACCAUGCUCAGCAUGAUAGUGGGUGCCACCUGCUACGCCAUGUUUAUUGGUCAUGCGACUGCGCUCAUCCAGUCCUUGGAUUCAUCGCGCCGUCAGUACCAAGAAAAGUACAAGCAAGUGGAACAGUACAUGUCUUUUCACAAGUUACCUGCGGACUUUCGGCAAAAGAUUCACGACUAUUAUGAACAUCGAUACCAGGGGAAAAUGUUUGAUGAAGAUAACAUACUGGGGGAGCUAAAUGAACCACUCAGAGAGGAAAUAGUGAACUUCAACUGCAGGAAACUGGUGGCCUCUAUGCCACUCUUUGCCAACGCAGACCCAAUUUUUGUGACUGCAAUGCUGACCAAGCUAAAGUUCGAAGUGUUUCAGCCCGGAGAUUACAUAAUCCGUGAGGGGACCAUUGGAAAAAAGAUGUAUUUUAUCCAACACGGGGUGGUCAGUGUCCACACAAAGGGCAACAAGGAAAUGAAACUGUCAGAUGGUUCAUAUUUUGGAGAAAUCUGUUUGUUGACAAGAGGCAGGCGAACUGCCAGUGUACGGGCUGAUACAUAUUGUCGUUUGUAUUCUCUCUCGGUGGAUCAUUUUAAUGAGGUGUUAGAAGAGUACCCAAUGAUGCGUCGAGCCUUUGAGACUGUUGCCAUCGACAGACUGGAUAGAAUAGGGAAGAAAAACUCUCUUUUGCUGCACAAAGUUCAACAUGACUUAAACUCGGGUGUCUUCAACAACCGCGAGAAUGAGAUCAUUCAGGAGAUUGUGAAGUAUGACAGAGAGAUGGUCCAGCAAGUGGAACUCCAAAGGCCUCUUGCCAUGUCUCACACUCCUCCAUUUCAUGCAGGGGCCAUGUUUCAUUCUCAAGGUCAUCUUGCUAACAAUUCGGCCAUUGCUACUCUCCAGCAGGCUGUAGCUAUGAGCUUCUGUCCUCCAUCUACAGGGCUUUUUAUUGGAUCUGUAGGUGUGCAAUCACCCAGGGCAGUCAGACGGUUGCAGCCUGUUCAGAGUGCAGCAAGCCCACUUUCAGUGUCCCCUGGUCAACCACUGCAGGCACCGCAACAAGGGGCUUCAGUUUCACCGUGUCCUUAUCCUUCUGCUGUCUCCAGUCCUCCAAACCAAAGCCCAUUAACAAAUCGAACUUUCCAAUAUGGAUCGCAGGCGCAGUCCGGAUCACAGCUAUCACUAACGCAGCAAACAGCCCCCAGCCCAACUCAGCGUCGUGCUGCUCACAAGAGUACGCAAGCGUUGCAUACAGGCAGUUUAUCCCAAGAGGCAAGAUCACUGUCAGCUUCGCAACCUUCGCUGCCUCAUAAUAUUUCCCAGCCAAUAACCUCAAGUCCACCGCAAUCGACCAGAGAAUCAACGUCGUCAAUGGGAGGUCAGAUAUCUGUGCAACCGGCCACCACAGGAGGUCUCCAAGGAUCUGUCCGAGGAGCUGUCCCGCCAAGGAUGGCCCUGACCCACCAAAUGUCUACAGGCGCACUAUUCCAAACAGGGACAGCAGGUGCACAACAGGACUCAAGUGUUACCAAGAAAGAUUCAGUUGUAUGUGUUACUGAUACGGACACAGGCAAAUCAAGGCUUUCCUCCAACUUGUGAUAUUUGAGGCACCGUGCUUUUUUUUUGGUGGUAAAUAAGAGGCUUAUAGUGCCAGAAGAGUUCACAGGUAGUUACGUGGUCCAGAAAAGAAUUGCUGCUGGUUACUGCACAUCUUAAACUAAUUGCACACUCCACUCCUUAUCCCUAUCGUACAGAAACUCCAAGUCUGUGCAAGUGUUUCAAAGUCAAAGAUAUGACAAAUAAAAAUGUACAUAAACGCGGUUCUUUGAUAUAGUUACCAGCUUUAAUUUCUUUUAACAAUCUGUCUGUGUUUUAGAGGCAUUGGUGAUUCUUUAGUUUUCAAAAUAAUGUCUUAUGGCAUUUGGUGUUACAGUAUCGCUUCUUUAUGUACUGUUGUAAGAUUAGGCAUCAGUAGUUACCCCAGUACAUUUUAUUGUCUUAGGAAAUUGUUGCUGCACCAUAAGUCGGCAAAGCAGACAAGCCUUAGCCUUUUUGGAGAUAUCUGUGCUAGAAAGCAUAUUUAAUUUUAAUAUUAACAAAGGAGUUAUGGCUUUCCUUGUACAAUGUAGCAGAAGCAGUCAAUAUCGGCAAUCUACUGGUGCACAGCAGGCUAUAGGACAUUAAAUUAACUAUUAAGUUUCUGUUGAUACUUUUGAACAUAUAUAUAAAGCCUUGAGAGUUGAUGGAUUCCUAUGUGAAGAACAGAAAAGACUGAUGUUACCGUAAACGGAAAUAAUUAAACGUGCGUAUUAUUAGGACCAAAAGCAGUUCCAAAUGAAACUGCAUGGAAAAUUGCACUGGUGGUUUUUGAUUAGUAAAAUGCACUUGAUAAGUAACUGAUAUUUUCCUUAUUGAAUUAGUGCAUGGUGUAAUAACAAUACCCAACAGUCCAUUCAGGUUCAAGUGAUUGUUUGGUGUACAAGUGGCAGAAUGAACAAGUUAGAACAAUAACUUGGUAUAUUCCCUUUCUCUAACAUGCAAUAGUAACAACUGAACAAGUUAGUUGAGUCAUCUAUUUUGUAUAUAUGGUGAAAAGGCACACCUCUCUGCAAUAAGAGUGUUGACUUAGUUCACGAAUACUUCCCAUGAAGCUUGUUACUAGCAUAGCAAUAUUUCUACAACAUUAACAACAGUUCUAUACAUUUAAAUGCAGAGCACAACUGUAACCAUGGAGACUUGUUUUAUUUCCAAUACCCCAACAACCAUCCGAAGCUGUUAGAUCAUAGGUUGCUGUGUUUCUUUACCUCAUUGGGAUGAUGUAAGAUCCAAAGUUGCUUGUUCAAUUAUUUUCUUCACAGAAUAGACGUCAUAAUAGUUCAUCCAUAAAAAAUUGCAACCAGACAAACAUAUAAUUUUGAGUUGUUUUGCAUUUAGAUAUCCAAUUGCAGUCCAUUACACUCUUAUAAUAAUUGCAUUACAUGGUGCAAAUAUUUAAUAAACUUGAAAUUGAAAAACACAUGGAAUCUCCAAAAUCAAUUUACUGUAACAGAAGAGAAACAACUUCUUUCCACAUUAACACCAUGAAACUAAAAAUUUUUGGGAAGUAUUUAGAUAUUUCUGGUUUCUGAUUGAGUUCAUAUUCUGAAGAAUUGUAACUUAAUAAUCCAACUGCGCUAUUUAAGGCCUUUACUAAGAAUUAAGCUGUAUUUUUUAUCGAAGCUAUCAUAUUAGCUUUUCUCACACAACUAAGGAGCCUAUAAUCAUUGCAGCCAUAUCUUUAGUGUAGAAAGAAAAUGUAACUGGUAGGUAUUUUUGUUGAAUGUAUAAACAAAGUUGGGCAAAGUUUGCCCAAUGCCUGAAAAUGAAAGAUAAGCUUUAACAUCAUUGUUUUUUUUAGAAUAGUGAAUUGUUGGUAGCAUAAUAGAUUUUUAGCAGCCUUUAUGCAAUAAAUGUGAAAGUGUAAAUCACUUUUCUGGUGCUUCUCUAUAGUACUGGGAAAAGUCACUUUUACAGAUUGUCCAGUAAAGUCAUUAUGGUACUGUCCUCAGUAAUCUAUAAUGUGUUGCCAGCUAUAAUGUUAUUGAUUAUAAACUGUAUGUAUUAUAAAUAGAAUGCUCUUCAGUCAUAGCUCUCAACAACAUGAACUGGCUUGAGAUGAAACCUUAAGAAAUUAAUGUUAAAUCAAUAGGCAGCUAAUGUGUAUGAUAUGAAAGAGUGUAUGAUGUUUCAUUGUAAACAAUGAAAGGGAUCCCAAUGUAUAGAUUUAAAGCUAUACAUUUUGUUGUAGUUAUUCAUACCCUGUGUGGAAAACAGUUCAAAUAACCAAGGCUUCACUUGCAGUGAAAUUAAUGUAAAUUCUUGUCAUAAAAAUUAUGAAUGAAAUAGCACACCAUUAUUACUGAACUUACAAUUUCUAAUAUUUGUAAAUUAGCCAGUGAUCAUUUUAAUGGACAUUCAUUUCCAGAUCAUACACAAUCUGACUUUGAAUUCUAUCAUAAUCAAAUUCAAAAAUCAUAGAAUAAAGAUAAAAAUUAUUUCCAACUUAAAGUAAAUUUAUUUGUAUAAUAAUUCAAAUUAUAUAUUAACCAAUUUGAUUUAUUUUAUGUAGAAGAGGUUUUAUACAUGUGAAAAUUAAUAUAUCGCUGGCAAUCUUAUCCAAACUUAGAAUGCCAAAGUACCAAGAAGCAUUUUAUUUUAUACCCAGAAUAUUGAAUUCUUGACUGCACUAAUGUACGAUUAUCACCUGAUUUACCUUAGCCAUAGACCGCACUUUGAAUUUUCCUCCUAAAAGUGGACCAUGAGUAUCUGCAGCUGCUAUCUCACUGAACAUUUCUAUUUAAAUUUUAAAAUGUGUUCAUUUUUAUUUACCAAUUGAUUGAAUGGAUCUUUUGAGGUACAAAUACUUUAAACAGAUGACUUCGUUUUUGAUUUUGCGUAAGAAAUUCCAAUUUCACUUUGAUGCAGUCAAUCCGCUUUUAUGCAAACAUGCUGAAAGCAAAUUCCUUACCUGACUAGAUAGCAGAUGGAUGUUAAUAUUGUAUCAAUUGUUUCAGGAGGACAGGCUUUUUAAUCACCUAUUGCAACUACUUAGCCUUACAAUGUUAAUCCGUAUAUAGCACCAUAUAUGUACUUCAGGUACAUAAGAUGAUAGAGAUUUUAUUAAAUGUUUUAAAUUGGCAAUUCUUCUGUGACAAGUGUUUUUUGUAGGUUUUGUGCUUCCCCUGUGUGCUCUGUGAUCUAUUGUUUUGUAAUAGUGCGGCACUCAAUAUUAAAGCCUGCUCAGGAGUUGCACUGAUAUUCAAUAAAAUUAAUUCUCUCCCUUGCAGCGAAGAAUGCAGGUUGGGACAUCAUAAGACUUGCAUUUUUGUUAUUGAAUAUGUGUACUGAAUAGAAUGUAUUUUCUUGCACUUAUUAAGUUGGCCAUACAGGUGUCCAAUAUUAUAUAUACUAUGUCAAGUAGUGAGUUGUCUGUAACAUAAAUGUAAGGAAGUUUGAAAGAGUUAGCUUAUCUAUAUUAUCAAUGCCUAAAAUAUAAAAAAUGCAAUUCUUUAGUGCUCUGUGUUUCAAUUGUAAAAUGAUGUAUAAACUUACGGUCCUUUUGGUUCCAGUAAAUUUACAUCCCUUAUUCAGAGUUUUCCAGUCUUUGGUAGAAAUGAAAAACAUAAGAGUAAUUUAUUUUUCUCAAAUUUCUCUGCACAUAAAAUGCCAGGUGUUUGUCUUGCUUCUCAAUGUUGAAUUUCUCUUUCAUUUCUAUGGACUGAGUUAGUGCCUAGCAAAAUCAGAGUUGAGACAAAAAGUGCAUCAGGACCUCGUGAUAAAGCUUUUUUACAAAGUCUGCUUUAAACUAUUGUCAAUGACAUAGAUGUAUCAAAUGUAGUGAAUCUAGUUUGCAGAAAAGAGGCCUCAUCAUUCAAGACUGUGUUUUAUGUUUCCAAGCUGAUAAAACUGCACCAGUUGCAAGUACUUACUUAACAGAAGCUCAAGUAGAGGCAAAAAUGUUGGAAAUACUCCGCAAGUUAAGCAGUAGGUAGCAUGGAGAGAACUGUAGUGUUAAUGUUUCACUCUUCAUAGACACAGUUAGACCUGCUGAGUACCUCCAGCAUGUUCUGCUUUUAGUUCAGGUUUCCUGCUUCCUCAGUAUUUAGUUUACCUGAACUGCACUUCUAACUGGAUGUCUCGUAAUUAUUUAGAUUGGUUAUCGUUGCCGAAUUUGAUCCAGUGUUUGUAUGCAUGUUUUGUUCUUUCAGUUUUGCUGUGGUGUAAUAAGAUGGAAGCAUAUUUUCCUGAGGAUGACAAAGUUAGUUAUUUUUGUUCUUUCUAAACAUGACAUUGUCAUUAAUUCAAAUCCUAAGGAGCUGUGGUCCUAAUAUCAGAGUCAUAGCGGAAUAUGAUCAUUUAAUCUAUUGUUAUUCUCUUUAGAGAUACAAUGUGGAACAGGCCUUUCCAACAUGCCCACUUAUUUAAUACUAUUACAAUCACAGGAGAUUUAUAAUGAUCAAUUAACCUACUAACUGGUACACUUUUGGACUGUGGGAGGAAACCAGAACACCCAGAGGAAACCCACAUGGUUUGUGGGGACAACGUACAGACUCUUUACAGACAGAGGUGGAAUUGAACUCUGAACUCCGGAAUGUCCCACGCUAUAAUUGCAUUGAGCUAACUGCUACACUGCCAUGGGUCCUUCCAUUCAGUCUCACAUCAUCAACGUUGCUUUUAAUAUUAAGUUUUGUCCAAAAUGAUGGACCAAACAGGCUUUUCCCAUGCCUGACAAUAUUAUUAUGCCCUCAUUGUGGUGCCAGAAAAAUCUCAAAAUCUGGAAAAUCCUGGCACCCACAGCUAUUCCCUACGUUCUGCAGCUGAGUUGACGUUGCUUGUGGAUCAGGGAAUGAAAGCUACUGAUACACAAAGGACCUGUAGUUUAAAGCAACAGCUCCCACUCUGAAACUGCCUUAGUAAUGAAUCUAGUUUUAAAAGAUGCCUCAGGAGUUCAAUUUUAUUUUAGUUUAUUUGGUGAGACAGUGUGGAAUAGGCUCUCCUGACCUUUCUAGCCACGUUGCCUCGCCAAUCCCAAUUAACCCUAACCUAAUUACAGGGCGAUUUACAAUGACUAAUUAACCUACCUGUUUUGGACUGUGGGAGGAAACUGGUGCUGUUGAAGGAAACCCAAGCAUUCCCUGGAGAGGAUGUACAGAGACUCCUUACAGAAUGGCACUGGAAUUCCAAACUCUGGAACACCCCAAGUUGUCAUAUUGUUAGCGCGUGGCCUAGUGGGCAAGGCAUCCGGCUAGUAACCUGAAGGUCACUGGUUCGAGCCUCAGCUGAGGCAGCAUGUUUGUGUCCUUGAGCAAGGCACUUAACAACACAUUGCUCUGCGACGUCACCAGUGCCAAGCUGCUUAGGUCCUAGUGCCCUUCCCUUGGACAACAUCGGUGGCGUGGAGAGGGGAAGGCCUGCAGCUUGGGCAACUGCUGGUAUCCCAUAUAACCCUGCCCAGGCCUGCGCCCUGGAAACUCCAGGCGCAGAUCCAUGGUCUCUCGAGACCGACGGAUGCCACCACCACCAUACUAACCACUACACUACCUUCGUACCAAGUUUUAGGAAGAGGAUAGUUAACUUUCAGUCUUCUAAUGUUGCAAGUCUUACUUACUUAGCAUAAUUGUUUAUAGGAUAACUUUGUUUCUUUCUGACUGAAUAGAGCACGGCAUUACAGCAGAGACUAUUAACAGAAAACCAACAGGGCCAAUCAAUAUUUUAUAAAGCUACCUUACUGCUUGCUGACUACAAUGGCAUUGACAGCAAAUUGCAGCAACAUAUUUAAUCUAUAUUGUCCUCCCAACUGACUGGUAAAAAUAAUGUUAUAAUCUUUAGAGAGGAGAAAAUUACAACUAUUAAGAAGACGCUGAAAGGAAAACUUGUUUCAGCUCAUAGAUUAUUACAUAGUAAUAUCUUUGGUGAUAAGUGGCACCUUCAUACCCAGUAUUUAACUGAUUUGAAUCUUAUGGAUCUUAUUAUUUACGUAAAAGAUGAUAUGUUAAUUUCCUUUUUUUAAUUGGAAUAUAAUAAUUACACAAAUAGAUAAAGCAUGUAAUAAAGAUAAUGCCAUUGGGUGCUAUGAUAAUGUAAUGGUUCACGCAACACUAUUACAGCAUGGGGCAGCGGUGUUCAGAGUUCAGUUCUGGUGUCCUCUGUAAGAAAUUUGUACGUUCCUCCCGCGAGCGUGUGUGUUUCCUCCGGGCGCUGCCGCUUCCUCCCACCGUCCAGAGACGCAAGGGUUAGCAGGUUGAUUGGUCACUGUAAAUUGCCCUGUGAUUAGGCUAGGGUUAAAUAGGUGAGUUGCUGGGCGACGUGGCUCAUUGCACCAGAAGGGCCUGUCCCACGCUGUAUCGCUAAAUAAAUAAAUAGAUGUGUUGGAAAUUUGAACUUAUGCAAUAAAGGCUUGCAUCUAAUUAUCAUUCAACAUGACCUCAGGACAUCCACUAGCAUUGUACAGUCUAUGAAGUAUUUUUUGAAGCUUAUUCACUAUUGUCAUAUUAGAAAUGUGGUAACUACAAACAGCAAUACAGUAGAAUAUACAUAAUCCUUUAGAACUUAAACUACAGAAGUUUUCCUGGAAGUAAGUGUGAUAGUAAAGCAGAUUGCUAUGAAAUAUGCAUACGACUCUGGGUCAAACUUUAGCUCCUGAAUUGUUUUAUCAUCAUACAUGGUAAUGUAGUUUUUCUAAUGAACAUACCAAUUAUUUGCUGUAUCUGUAUCACAAACAUUUUACAUUCACAAAUAUGUGGAUAUUGCCCUCAAAAGCUUUUGUGUUAACAUAUGUUUGUUGUUUGACUGAAAUAAUGUAUCAUUUCUCCUUCCAUAAAUGCUUGGCUCAAUGUGUUGGCAUAGAUUCCUACUGCCGAUUGGUGUGUGCCUGAAGUAUGUCAAUGGUGUUACAAUUAUAAUAGUACUGGAUUAAACCACUCAUUAAA